AUGGGCUACUUUCCUCACAGCACACUCGAGGACUUCUCCUCCGCCAGCGUAUACUCUGCUGGCUCGAGCGCCAGCGUACAUGCCCCAAAAGUCGUGGACCCUGACUGCGACCUCUGCGUCCCCGAUUGCGAGGAUGAGACUUGCGCGGCGGCAGAGAAAUGCACAGACGACUGUUUUGUAGUGCCCUGCGACGAUCCAAGUCAUACAGAGUCGUCCUGCGGCUGCGAACUUGAGGAAGAGGACAACUACUACGGCCCUGGGCUUGACAAUCUUUUCGGGGACAGCGCACCAAUACCGUCGUCCUCAGCUUUUGGUCCACCGACCUCAUCAUUUGCGCCUCAAUCUACAGCAGCAUAUCAUCUCGACCAUCCGCACUCUUGGGACGCGGCUCUCGCUGCUUUCCUAUGCGAGUCAUGCGGGGAUGUUUUCCCACCCACGUUCUUGCAGUCAGACUCGCCGCCACAGAGCGAGACGACAUCAUACUCGUCUCCGUCAUUGUCUCACGCAUCCGAUGCCUUCUAUUCCAGCGUAUCUUCCCCGACGACGGCGCCUCAAGCAUCUCAGCAUCUUUUGCAGACCAGUCCUUUCUUUGACUUUACCAGCCCCGGGCCGUCGAAUCCGCCGUCUCAAGCAACGACUAACGUAACCUGCAUGUGGGCCGGCUGCCAUGCGCAGUUCUCAACUCUCGAGGAGCUUGUAGGGCAUGUGAACCUACUCCAUCUGCGUCCUGGUACCACCCAGGAGCAGCCUGCUGCACCUACGCCAUCCAGUCUCUCGUGUCAAUGGGACGAUUGUCACAAUUACUCGCUGUCGCAGACAACAGCCGGCCCUUCAUCCGGCGCCACCUUGGACGUGCUUCAGGAACAUCUGUACCAUGACCACCUUGGCAUCGAAGGCCUGCACCAACAAUCUCCCUUCUUCAUGGACACCUCGCCCCAAAUACCUAGCUCCUCGCCCACGUUCUCCCUGACGUCCAGCGCUUCAACAUUGAAGAUGCCUCGUCAUCCUCAGUCAACAACUAUCCUCUCAGAACCAUCGUCCUCCUCGGCUUCGACGUCUUCUUCAUCGACCGAGAUGGCACCGGUGUUGUCCGCUGCGGCUCGCGGCAAGUCGGUCGCGCCCACGGAGAAGGAGGAGGAGAACGCGAUAUGUCGCUGGAAGGACUGUGGUAUCGCGUUCAGUAACACGGAGGACCUCACAACUCAUCUUACAGCCGAGCAUGUUGGGGGAGGAAAGGCGCACUAUGAAUGUUAUUGGGCCGAUUGUCAACGCCACGGAGAUCAUGGAUUCACAAGCAAGCAAAAGAUCUGCCGUCACCUACAGAGUCAUACAGGCCAUAGACCCUUCCAGUGCAAGUUGUGUAAGCAGAACUUCUCCGAGGCGGCCACUCUGCAACAACACAUGCGCCGACAUACCCAAGAAAAACCCUACGUGUGCGAUGUGCCUGGAUGUGGCAAAGCUUUCGCCAUCGCUGGGGCGCUUACAAUACACAAGCGCACACAUAACGGGGACAAGCCAUUCAAGUGCACGUAUUGCGAUAGGGCGUUCUCCGAAUCUUCGAACUUAUCGAAGCAUUUGAGGACGCAUACCGGCGUUCGGCCUUACGUUUGCAGCGAACCAGGGUGUUCGAAGGCCUUCUCCCGACCCGACCAGCUUGCACGGCAUCAGUCUGUCCACAGGAAGUAG